UUAUGUAUGUCUAACAUCAUUUAGAUAGUUAUCAAAAUUAAAUAUUUCUCAAUUCGACAACAAUUUGCAAGUACAAUUAACGCUCGAUAAAUGGGAACCAUUGUGAGCUCUAUGCAAAAGCCAACGAUGUAUGUGAACAUGGAAAGUCCUCAGGCUCAAUUCGUGCGCGAGACCAUCAACAAUCACAAGGUUGUGAUCUUUAGCAAGUCGUAUUGUCCCUAUUGCAGCAUGGCCAAGGAACAGUUUCGCAAGUUGGAUGUGGCCAUGACCGUUAUCGAGUUGGAUUUGCGGCCAGAUGGUGAGGAAAUUCAGGCGGUGUUGGGCGAAUUAACUGGCGCUCGGACUGUGCCGCGUUGUUUCAUCAAUGGUAAAUUCGUUGGCGGCGGAACGGAUGUAAAGCGUCUCUACGAGCAGGGCGUAUUACAAAGAUACUUCCAGUAGUUGCAGAUUUUGAAACUAUUCAAAAGUUAUGUUUGGUUGGGAAAUUAAAUGCUUAUAAAAGUUUA